CUCUCUCUGCUCUCUGUCUGAGCGUCACAGUUCUACGCUACAGUAGGUUGCUCUCUCUCCAUUCCUCCCAUCUGGCGGACUGACUGGCCCAUCGCAGCGGUCUCUCUGGUCGCCCUGAGCGGUCUGCCGACACACAGACCUCUUGCAGCGUGCUGAAACCUAGAGGGAUGGAGACAGACCCUGCCUUGGAGACAUGCACUGAGAGCAGAGCAGAGACAGGGGGAGAGAGAACGAAGACCAGAGAGGGACUUACCAGGAGCCCCAGCCCCCUGUCCCCCAAUAGGUCUACAGCUGCUCACACCCCUACAACACUCAUCUCUACUCCCCCUCAGCUUAAUUCCUCCUGCCCUCCUAAACUCACCCCCGCCCCCACUCCCUCUACUAGUACGCGCACCCUCACCCCUACUUUCACACCCUUUUCCUCCUCUACACCCACACGCAAUCCCCCUAAACUGACCCCCACCCCCUCAUCUCCCCCUACAAUCACCCGUAAAACCCUCCCCACCCUCACCCCUACGGUACUCAACCCCCCCCCAACAUUUACACCUACUUCCCCCUCACUUAAUCCCAACCCCCUCACCUCUAAAAUGCUCACCCCCAACCCUACUCCCCCUAUACUCACACCCUCUCUACCUACACUCAAGCAUUCCUCGUUUCCCUCCCCUACUAAACUCACUUACAAACCUGCCCCCCUCCCCCUCACUCCUCCUACCCUCACCCCUACUCCCCCUCUGCUCACCCCCUCUCCCUCCCCUACCUCCCCAACUGUAUCUGCCAUCCCUUCUCUGCCCCCCUCUGCAACCCAUGGCAAAAUGUCCUUUGCUCCUGGUACUUCCUUCUCCCUGACCAAUGGCAAUGCAAGGCCAGCCACCACGCCCACCUCUCCACCAAUCACGCCUUUCCAUACCCCAGCCAGCAGACAGGUCCCUCUCCCUCGCCCCCUGGGUACGCCCACUCUGGUGCAAGCCAGUCAGAGCAUCUCGCCUGUCAGACCGAGGGUAUCCCAGCAGGCUUUGCUCCUGGGUCGGAGUCCUUGUUCCAGCCGAGACCAGAUGCUGCACAGGGCCCAGAUGCUGAUUUUCACCUCUACAGUACGGCCUGUCCCUUCCUCUUCUUCCUCUUCCUCUCACCCUGCCUCCGCUCAGCUCCAGAGUCUAACCCUGCUCCCCUCUGCUCCCGGCACUCUCACAAUCCCCCCUUCUUUACGUCUCAAACCUCCCUCUUCCUCCUCCUCCUCCCUCUCUCCCAUCUCUCGCCCCCUUACACCCCUCUUCCCCCCUCUCCGCCCGUGCCCCCAGCCCAGUGCCGUGGCAACUGACAGACAGACCCCACCCACCCGGCACCUCUCAUUCCGGCCUCCAACUCUCUACACUUCUGUGCGUUCUGUCCCUCUGAGACCUAGACUUCAUUCUCCAAAUGGCCACAGAGUGGUGCCCCCGAGACACAGCCCCGCCCUCCGAUCAUUCGCUGCUGCCGCUGCCUGUCAGGCCCUAUCCAGCAGACAGUGUACUGGACCAGCCAGCAGUCUGUCAUCUCAAACCCCGCCCACACAGUCCACCCCUGGCCAAUCGCAGCUCAGCUCAGGCUCUAGGCCCCUCCCCUUGGAUUCUACUUCCUGUUUUGAUCGGUUGCCGCCGGCAUCAAGGCAGCUGCAAAUUAUAGCCCUCUCUGCUGGCUCCACCAGCCGCCUCAGCAGCCAAACAUGGCCUGCAGCCAACACACACACCCCAGCUUCUGUCCAAUCAAAGUGUCUGGUUCUUGAGUCCCCAACUCCUCAGCUCGAUGCCAAACCACAGAGGACUUCUGACCACGCCUCUCCCCCUCCCACCUCCUCCAUCCACAAAGCCAACUCACCCCUACUAUACCCCCAUUAUCAGGCCAGAAACAUUCAGCCAAAAGGAGAAGUGGGUAGACCGGGGGUAAGGGAGGCGAGAGAAAGGGUGGGGGGAGAGGAAGAAAAUAUGGGGGAAAUUGAAGAGGGGCAGAGGGAUAAAGAGAGGGAGAGGAGAAAGGAGGGACUGGAGGAGAGGAAAAAUGGAUGGAGAGAGUUAAACAAUAUGAGAGACUGA